CCACAGUAGAUGCUAAAAAGCAGUCGUCUUUCACGGGCACACAAAAAUAAACCAACCCAUCUCAUCUGGAAAAAUCCUUCCUCACCGAAAGAGAGAAUUUUGUGAAUCUGGGUUUACAAUUCAGGUGAAAACUAGAAAGAUUUUCGUGCGGUACCCAUCACAGAAACACGACGAUCAAUCGAUUUCUUCUAGAUUCGAUCCGGUCGAACAGAAAAAAUGGCGAAUCUGUAUGUGAAAGCGGUUCCACCGCCGGAUAUGAACAGGAAUACGGAGUGGUUCAUGUAUCCAGGAGUGUGGACAACUUAUAUACUCAUUCUCUUCUUCGGUUGGCUCGUUGUUCUCUCCGUCUCUGGUUGUUCCCCUGGAAUGGCCUGGACUGUUGUUAAUCUCGCUCACUUCGUUGUAACUUAUCACUGCUUUCACUGGAUGAAAGGAACCCCUUUUGCAGAAGACCAAGGAAUCUACAAUGGUUUGACUUGGUGGGAACAAAUGGACAACGGUCAGCAACUUACACGCAACCGCAAGUUUCUUACCGUUGUUCCUGUUGUCCUGUAUUUGAUAGCAUCACAUACAACAGAUUACAGGCAUCCAUGGCUGUUCCUCAACACGCUUGCUGUGAUGGUUCUAGUUGUUGCCAAGUUCCCUAAUAUGCACAAGGUACGCAUCUUCGGCAUCAAUGGUGAUAAAUAAGCUUUCUUUAAGCUUAUUUCCAUUUCUUUUAUGGUAAGAGAGGAGAAAGAAAGAGGAAGAAAAGGGGAUAUAAGCAAACACAUAUUUGUAUAAAUGUUCAUAUGAAUUGGUUUAAUUCGAGAGUUAUGUUUGUUGGGAAUUUGUAAGUAACUAAUUUUGAAGCCUUAUCUUCUUCUUUUCUAUUAUGGCACGAAAUUCAUAAUCUUUUUUUCGUU